CUCUCUUUCCUUUCUCUCUUUCCUCUCAUUUCCUUUUUUCUUUUUCCUCUCUUAGAAAACCCACCAAGAAAAAAAAACCCUAACUGCAUUUUUUGUCUUCAUAAACUCAUAAAAACUUGCAUGAUUUACAUAAUACUAGCAUUAUAUUAAAAAAAGGCAAUGGCUGACUCACCAAACUCGGAAUCUGAGUUGAUCACUCGCAGCAAUAAGUCUUAUGAUGGUAAACAGAGAUCGGGAACUGACCCGGUACCCGAAAAGCGUCGUCCGAGGGAUAGUAUUAGUAAGCACCCGGUUUACCGUGGGGUCCGAAUGCGGGCGUGGGGUAAAUGGGUAUCCGAAAUCCGUGAGCCCCGAAAAAAGAGCCGGAUCUGGUUAGGUACUUACUCGACGCCGGAAAUGGCGGCACGUGCUCACGACGUUGCCGCGUUGAGCAUCAAGGGUAACUCGGCGAUCCUCAACUUCCCUGAACUCGCUGAGUUGUUGCCGCGUCCGGUUUCUAACUCGCCCCGUGAUGUCCAAGCCGCCGCCGCUAAAGCAGCCGCAAUGGAGUUUUUAAGUAAUAAUACUAAUAACAACGUCGAUGCUACGACGUUGUUUUUGUCUUCUUCGUCUUCGUCAUCGAUGAACAUGGAUGACGUGUCGACACCUGAGGAGCUGAGCCAGAUAGUGGAGUUGCCGAGUUUAGGGACAAGUUACGAAUCUGUUGAGUCAGGGACGGAGUUCGUGUGCAUGGACCCGGUUGACGGGUGGCUGUUGAAUCCCAGUGGCAUGCCUUGGUAUGAUGAAGAUAAUAACGGGUAUUUCGGGGAUGAAAUUCCAAUGCAAAUGCAAGAAAAUACAAUUACAAAUGGGUUUAGUCCUUUACUAUGGAAUCAUUAAGGUCAAAUUAUCUCCUUAGCCUAUGAAAAAUUUUGAAAUUUAGUAUUUAAAUUUAAAAAAUUUAAAUUCUUUUAAGAUUUUCAAUUAAAAA